UUCUUUUCCAUUUAGGUACUUGGCUCAUGGAUCGAGUAUAUUUGAGAUAUCAAGACUUUUCAGAAUGGGAGUGACAACCGUAAGGGAGAUCACGCAGGAGGUUUCACAGGUUCUAUGGUUUGAACUUCAUGGAACAUUUAUGCCGGAGGUAACUGAAGCUAAAUGGAAGCAGUACAGCGAUGAAUUUGAAGUAAAAUGGAACCUUCCCCACUGUUGCGCCGCUGUUGAUGGCAAACACAUUUCCAUUCAUUGCCCUCCGAAUUCCGGUUCGCUUUAUUUUAAUUACAAAAAGCAGCACUCUAUCGUUCUCAUGGCAAUGUGCGACGCUAACUACAACUUUGUUGCUGUAGACGUUGGUGCGUACGGUGGAAAUGCCGACAGCAGCGUGUUCAGCUCAAGCGAAUUUGGCAGUCGCUUGCUACAGGGGCGCUUGGGACUGCCACAAGCAGCAUCACUAGUAGACGGGCCACUUAUGCCAUACUUCAUAGUUGGGGACGCUGCAUUCCCAUUGAAAACCAACCUUAUGCGGCCAUAUCCAGGACGAAAUCUGCCACCCUUACAAGAGCACUUCAAUUACAGAUUGUCCCGUGCAAGAAGAGUAAUUGAGAAUGCCUUUGGCAUCUUAGUAUCGCGUUGGCGUAUACUACUAUCACCUUUAUUCCUCCACCCUGAAUCAGCCGAUAAUUUGGUGAAGGCUACGCUAGUGCUUCAUAAUUUCGUGAAGUCUACGAAUGAACCACAGUACAAUCCUCCGGGAUAUGUUGAUCAAAUUGGACACCGUGGAGAAAUUAUUGUCCCUGGAGAAUGGCGCUCAACAACGGAACCUCUGAACAGCGUUGGAAAUAGCAUUAUUCAACGCGGAAACAAUGCAGCUCGCAGUGCUUAUGAAACACGAGAUACUUUGGCGCAAUACCUGUUUGAAAAUAACAUUUUUUUAUAAUCUAGGCACGAUUUUCGAACAAUGUGCAAAAGAGUAACAAUAAUAAAAUAAGGUCAUUAAUCGAAA